UCAGUCAGCCAGUCACACUCACAUCUCCCGCAGAUAGGACUCACCUCCGGACGUGUAAGCGAGUCUUUAUUUAUUUGUUUUUCAUGGAGGUCAGCGGGCCCACCUGUGGACUGUGGCUGCUCGCCUUUCUAUCGGGAUGUGGGCUUCUGUCGGCUUUCAACCUGGACACCGAGAAUGUCCUGAAGAAGAGCGGGGACCCGGGUAGCUUGUUCGGCUUCUCUCUGGCAAUGCACCGGCAGCUUCAACCGGAGGAUAAAAGAAUACUGCUGGUUGGAGCCCCGAGAGCAAAAGCCCUGAGUGGUCAAACAUCUAAAGUGACUGGAGGACUCUACAGCUGUGACAUGAGCUCUACAUCAGCAGGCUGUGACAGAGUUAACUUUGACAAUAAUGAGGAUACAAAAACAGAAAGCAAAGAGAACCAGUGGAUGGGCGUUACAGUCAAUAGUCAGGGGCCGGGAGGAAAGGUUGUGACCUGUGCCCACCGCUACCAGCGUCGGAGCAAUGUGAGGACCCCCAUUGAAAACCGUGACAUUAUUGGCCGCUGCGUUGUGUUUGAUCAAGACCUUACUAUUGAUCCGUACUCAAAUGAAGAGGGAGAUAACUGGCAUUUCUGUGACAGCCGCCCCAGAGGCCAUGAGAUGUUUGGGUCCUGCCAGCAGGGGCUUUCUGCCACAUUUGACAAGCAGUACCACUACCUAAUCUUUGGGGCUCCAGGGGCAUACAACUGGAAAGGUAUUGUACGCUUGGAACAAAAAAAUGAUACCCUUUUAGAACUUGGCAUCUAUGAUGAUGGUCCUUUUGAGGUCGGAGAUGAGAACGAAAAAGACCCUGACCUGGUCCCUGCGCCUACCAACAGCUACCUGGGCUUCUCUUUGGACUCUGGGACAAAACUGACCAACAGGGAAGGCAGGCUGACAGUAGUGGCAGGAGCUCCAAGAGCAAAUCACAGUGGUGCGGUGGUGCUGCUGAAAAAAGGUGAUUCAGGAAACAUCUUGCUAGAAGAGUACACUCUGGAAGGAGAAGGACUGGCCUCGUCCUUUGGCUACGAUCUGACUGUAUUGGAUCUCAACGGAGACGGGUGGCAGGACAUUGUGGUGGGAGCACCUCAGUACUUUGAGAAGAACGGAGAAAUUGGAGGAGCUGUCUAUGUCUAUGUCAACAAGAAUGGGAAAUGGAAUAAAAUCGUACCCACCAGAAUAGACGGACCCAAGGACUCCAUGUUUGGCCUGGCAGUAGAAAACCUGGGAGACAUCAACCUGGAUGGUUACCAAGAUUUUGCAGUGGGAGCUCCUUAUGAGGAUGAUGGCGCUGGAAAGGUCUUCAUCUACCAUGGAUCAGCCACAGGACUUAAAUCUACAGAAGCUUCACAGGUUCUUUCAGGCCAGCCAGGAGUCCAACUGUUUGGUUACUCUUUGGCGGGCAAUAUGGACCUGGAUAAGAACUCGUACCCAGACCUUGCUGUUGGAUCCCUCUCCGACUCCGUAUUUGUCUUCAGAACCCGUCCAGUUAUCAGCAUCGAGAAGAAAGUCACUUUUUCCCCCAAAGAAAUCAACUUCAGUAAGAAGAGCUGUGGCAGAAAUUUCUGCUUGGAUGUCAAUGUAUGCCUCAAGUACACAGCCAUCCCAAAGAGCUAUGCACCUAAAUUUAACGUGGAAUACUCCCUCAAAGCCGACGCUGACUUAAAAGAAAAAGGUCUUAAACCAAGAGCCAUUUUUGCUGAUUCCUCUGACUAUGAGUACAAAGGAGCCACUGCCAUGGAAAGCAAAAGGCAGGUGUGCUUUGCACGUCAGCUUGUGGUAGAGGAGGAAACUAUUCAAGACAAGCUGCAUGCGAUCCCAGUGGAUGUAUCUGUGGAGAUCCAGGAAUCCAAACGAAAACGCAGACAGAGCUUAACUUCGCCACUGGCUCCUGUCCUAGAUGCAAAUGAACCGGCAACAAUUCGAUCUUUGUUGCAUUUCCUAAAGGAGGGAUGUGGCAGUGACAAUGUUUGUCGGAGCAACUUGCAGGUGAAAUAUCGCUACGGUCACAGACCAACAGAGGGUGGCACCUUCACUCCCUUAAAACUGGAAAAUGGUGUGCCGGUGAUCUCUCUCAGUAACCAGAAAGACAUCGUCCUGGAGGUCCAAGUGACAAACCUGAAUGGAGAUGAUGCACACGAGGCCUUUUUGAAUGCCUCCUUCCCACGCUCUCUUAACUAUGCUGCUUACAGAGUGCCAGCUAAUGAACUUCAGGUAACGUGUAUCGCCAACAAAGAAGGUUCUAAUCUUGGCUGCAAGCUCGGAAACCCCUUCAAACGUGAUGCACAGGCAACUAUCUACAUUUAUUUGAGUACAGUGGGCAUCUCUCUCGGCACGACAGAACUGGAGGUUGAUCUUAGUCCUGAAACAACGAGCGACCAGCAGAAAUUAGCUUCUGUUAAAGCAAAGGCAAAGGUGGCCAUCGUGCUGCAGCUCUCAGCUACAGGAAUAGCCCAGCCAUCUCAGCUCUACUUCACAGGACAGGUCAAAGGUGAGGCAGCCAUGAAGACUGAGACUGACAUAGGCAGUGCAGUCAAACACCAGUACAGAGUUAUUAAUCUGGGAAAACACCUGACAGGCUUCGGCACCGCCACCCUCAACAUCGACUGGCCGAAAGAGACAGAGACAGGCAAGUGGCUGCUCUACCUGAUGGAUAUCACCUCCACCGGAGUUGAGCGCAUGCAGUGCUCUCCUCAAUCAGAAGUGAAUCCCCUUGGCAAGAUACCAGUCAGCAAACCAAGUAACUCCAGGAACAGAAGAGCUGCAGAUAACUCCAAUGCAAACAAUGAGGGCACAAUUUCCCUUUUAGUUGACAAGAAGAAAUUUAAAACUCUGUCGUGUGACAGUGGGGCAAACUGUGUGAAGAUACAGUGCCCCCUGGGGGGUCUGGACAGUAAUGCAGUGAUCACUCUGCACUCUCGCCUCUGGAACAGCACCUUCAUCGAGGAUUAUUCCGACUUGCAUCACGUGGAGGUGAUCGUAAAGGCCUCUCUGAAUGUUGACAGUACAGCAAAGAACGCAGUGCUGCAGAAUGCUGAGACAAAUGUGAGACUGACAGUGUUCCCAGAGAGACGAGCAGAAGGAGUGUACUCAGGAGUACCGUGCUGGAUCAUCGUGCUGUCCAUCCUCUUUGGACUGAUGCUUUUGGCUCUUUUGGCUUUCCUUCUCUGGAAGUGUGGCUUUUUCAAGCGUGCCAAAUAUGAAGACAAGGUUCCCAGUUACAACGCUGUUCGGAUCAAACGGGAGGAGAGAGCAACUAACCCUGGGGUGGGUAACUGGGAAAGCCCAGAAAAGAAGCCCUGGAUGACGACAUGGCACGACAAAGAACAUUACUCCUAACAAUCAACCAGAUCUGGCUGUACUGAAUCCCUGUGGCUUGUUGAUAAACUUCAAAAUUUUCCUGCUUUGUUUUUGCACAAGGUGGACUGUAAAUAUCAACUCUUUUGCUUGGAAAAGAGAAAUGAAUUGUGGGACCUUACAUGUGAUAAAAACGUUUUGAGUAAUCCUGAACUUAUCUUGGACCAAGUCUCUGUGAAUCACUGGAGGAGGGUUUAAUUGUGGGAGAAGGUCCUGCACAGCUGCCGCCUGUUUUAGCUUGUUUUUGUACAUUAACUACUUUCAAAGUGUUGGCUGAGGGGCAGAGGGUGGGAGGUUUUUUUUAGUUUUUUUGUACAUUUUCUGAAUUUUUAUGGCAUAAUUGUAUUUAUUCUUUGUGAGGAGUUCUUUAUAAAACAUGCCCUAAAGGCCAAAGAGUCAUACUUUGCAAAACAGUUGAAUGCAAAAAUUAAUUAGAAAAUACAUUUUAAUAUCCGCCUCAUUUUUAUCUUAGCCCCACUCUUAUGGAAAUACCAGCAAAACACCACUCUUAUGGUCAGCGACUUUCCACAGUGAUCCAGAGCUCAGUUUGUAAAUGUUUUGUGCGGAAUCCACACUUCAUUCACUGUCUGUAAAACAGGAUGAGAGAGAGCAGAAAAAAAGUUAAAUAAAAUGUUUUUCA